AGGGUGGUCGCAAUCGAGCCGGUAUUUGAGAACCAACAGAGGAUCUGCGACGGCGUGUUCUUGAAUCGGGCAGGGGAUCGCGUGACUGUGUAUGCUGUGGCCGCGUCUGAUCGGAUCGGUAACAUUACUUUCGACAAGGAAGGAAAGGACCACCAUGAAAUGGAUGAGAACGUGAUGACUUGGUCCACCUGCUGCUGACUAAAUGCCUCCAAACAGUAGCGAUCGCCGUCAGCUGAACGCGAUCGUAACAAGAAACAAAGUGGGGCCGCAGGAAUCAAAGUGCGAGACGAAAAUGGGUUGCGUAGCAAUGCGUGACGUUUAAAUGUAGAUACUGCUAUUUGGGUUGGAUAAUGCAAGGAAAACCAAUAAAAAUCCCACCUUUCGUCUUCCUCUUCUCUUCUGAGUUCCGCCCGCGGUGAGGGCGAGAGAGUGAACGACAUGGCCUCUAUUCCCUGUACCGUACAAUACCAAAUUCCACUUCGUACUACUACUACUACUACUACUUCUCCUUCGUCUUCGGUGAGUCUGAGCUCUUCAUUUCUUGCGUUCACGAGGCGACUGGGAUGGUUGAGCGACUCCAGGUUGAGGUCCAAGAUGGGGCCUGAGACGAACGGGUAUAGAACUACGUGCUGGUUUAAAUUUGGUAACCGUGGAGUUGACUCUGAAGGAGCUGGCAUAUAUGGGAGUCAGAAGCGGGAUGAUUUCGAUAGGGACGAUGUAGAACAGUAUUUCAAUUAUAUGGGAAUGCUUGCUGUUGAAGGUUCAUAUGAUAAAAUGGAGGAACUUCUAAGCCAAAACAUUCAUCCUGUGGAUAUCUUGUUGAUGUUAGCUGCUUCUGAAGGUGAUAAACCUAAAAUUGAGGAACUAAUUAGAGCAGGUGCUAACUAUAAUAUCAGAGAUGGAGAUGGAAGGACAGCUUUGGAUAGAGCAGCUAGCGAUGAGAUCAAGGAAUUUAUCUUAGGCUUCUCGGUUCAGAAAGCAUGAUCUAUAUAACUUAUUCAAGCACAAUGAGAUUCUUUUGAAAUUUUCUUUGGUCUCUGGAUUAAAUCCUUGUAGAACUUAAUGAAACCGUACCUUUUGCAAACAAUAACUACUCCUUGUCAGUUAUGCUCAGUAUCAUGUUUAAGCAGCACCAAAAAGGUAAAAAAAAAUGCAGUUGAAUUGGUUCUUGAGUCCAAAUGUGUGGAUUCAUUUUAAAAGCUCGCAUUAUUAUAUCCUCUUUAUUUGCAUUGUAUUUGGUUUUUGUCACUGUGGAACUCAAACAGCAGAAGGUAAAUGUGGUUAAAUCGGACCUUGAGUUCAAAUGUGUGGAUUCAUUUUACAAGUUUUGCAAAAUUAUAUCCUCUCUAUCUGCUUUGUAUCUGGUUUGAGUCUAUAUAGAACUUAAUGUAACUGUACCUUUUGCAAGUUGCAAUCAACCUCUAGUCCCAUGCAGUUAUGUUCAAUAUGCAGCAGCAAAAGGUGAAAAGAUGUGGUUAAAUUGGUUAUUCAGUCAAAAUGUGUGGAUUCAUUUUACAAGUCUUGCAAAAUUAUAUCCUCUUUAUUUAACUACUGCUUCAUCAACCAAUUGAUUGGGUGACCUAAAGUGCAACAGUUUAGUUACUCUUAUGGUUACAUCAUUGCUGCUAUAUUUGUUGCCCUUGCCAUGCCUUACGAGAAAGCCAAGCAGACCAUCCUGUGUUCAAGUCAAGAUGAGAACCUCUCUCUCUCUCUCUUUUUUAGAGAAAAACCUGAUCCAGUCUUCAGCAGAUAAGGAAUAAACAGUGAUGUGGUUGCCAACUUGUCAUGGUCGCAAGCUAUCUAAUUCUAGGUUGCCAUGAAUGCAGUCCCUGCCCUCAUUCCUCUAUAGCAGGGCAAGAGGCUUGUCUCGGUUCAAUGAGCAACAGUCUAGAGGCAGAGUUUGGGAACAUGUCUCGCUUCAAUUAUUGCAUGGCACUGUCAGAACUGCAUGGACAGCUCCCCAUUCUAUUAACAGGGACCUCAAUCUUCAACACCUACAAAUCCCCUUCUCUUUAGGCUGCUGAAAAUUCAUAUAUGAUGAUAAUACUGAAGCCCCCCUUUGUCAUGUUCAGUCUGUAAAAUGAGGCGCAUAGUUCUUCUUCCAACACAUGAAGCAUGUGAAGUUCAACCAGAAAGUUUCCUGUUUGCAUAAAUGCUGAACAUCGGAGUGAGGGAGUAGCUGGAUCAAGUGUCAAGCAGGAGGUUGAAAAUUGAAAUUGCCAAAAGCAGAUGUCUUUUUCAGAAUAAAUUGGGUGGAGUAGUAGGGCCUUGGCCUUUGAUGAACAUUCAAAACUGUGUCCACAGGUUCACGAGCAUUUGUUGUGAUAAAAUAGCAGCCCCAUGUGGGCAGAGCCACCUCCAUGCCGAUAUUAUGGAGCAUGAAUGGCCAUUCAAGGCUAGUACUAGGGAGGUCUGGAAAUGAAAAAAAUUGGAACAAAGAAAAGUUGAUAUUUCACAAUCAAGUUUUAACUAUCUGUAAUGUUUCUGGUUAUCAUAUCAAGUUUUCUCUCUGUCUUCUUUGUUGAUAUGUAUAUAUAAUUAGACUCCUCGGGGCUGUUCCACCAUCUCAAAAGACAUGGAGGAAUCGAUCGACUCAUCUCUGAGCAGCUCACGCUGUUGCUCAGAGGAGAGUGGAUGGACCAUGUACUUGGAGGACUUCAUGGCAGCAGAGGAGAAAUCACAGGUGGCGAGUUGCUCUUCCACCAUUUGGGAUGCUGCUUCAGCUUCAACAAGAGCAGUUGAUGUAGCAGUGUCAACAGAGUGCAGAAAACUGAGACUGACGUGGGAGAAGGACGAUGAUUCUUUGCAAGAUACUGCCUCCUCAUCGUUCAACAGUUCCAAGGCUGCUGAAAUCGAUCACACAACAACCAAGGUUAUGAAUGAUCAAGAACUGAAAGAAGUUGAAGAUGGAUUCAAUUUUAUUGACGGAACAGAUGGACCCAAGAAUGCUUGUUUAGUUCCAUGUCAGUACAUUACCUCUAGGAGGACAGACCAUUGAUUUGGAUAAUCAACAGACAUGGGAACUCUUGUAUCGAUUCUAUCAAAAUUGUGCAUAAAACUGUGAACUGGUAAUAAAUCGGUCAGUAUAAAACCGAUGGAAAUUGUAAAAAUGGGUUAAAUAAUAGACUAUAUUGUUGCAAACUCGAUCUCAGUUAUUGGCUCGCAUAAUGAUCAGCAACUACACAACCUCAAAAUGCAAAUGAUAAAGCUCCAGCCACAGCGCCCAACGUGCUCGUUACUCCGACUACUCUGGAAGCCGCCUUAUUUGGCUGCUGCGGCGGUUGCACGGAAGUCUCCUCCGACACCGCGGUGGAGAGGCCGGAAGAGGAGCAGAUGCCAAGCUUGAAUUAUUUCUCUGCCUGUUCGCCAUGAGGAAGAGUUUGGCAUUGUUGAAUUUUUGGUGCAGAAUUGAAGAAAGAGGAGGUUUCAAUUGAGUGGAGAUGAUGAGCAGAAUUAUUCUAGCUUUCGACGAUCUUGCAUUACACGUUUGACCGCUACAUGUUGCCUGGGUUCUUUGCAACUUUUUUUUUUGUUAAAGUUGAGGAGCAAAUGGUCGAGCGUUGAUCUCUAUAAGACGAAGAACACGGAACGAAUGCGUGAAGCAUGCAAGGCAGUCAUGCCUAGUGACCGAGCCCGGUUCAGCUCGCGCCGUACUCUCGAGAGCCUCACGAGCCGGUUCGCUAAGUGCCUCUGCUCCGUCCUCCUCUCUCUCCUCCUCGUCGCCGGCGUCAUCCUCUUCGUUCUCUGGCUCAGCCUGCGGCCGCACCGUCCCCGGUUUCACCUCGCCGACUUCGCGGCCCCCGGCAUCGUUGACCCGGCCAGCUUAGCUGACUCCGCCUUCUCGUUCAACGUCACGGACCGGAACCCGAACCAGAAGAUCGGGGUGUACUAUGACGCCAUGGACGGUUCGGUCUACUACCGAGGACGGCUAGUGGCGUCCGGGCCGGUGAUGUUCCCGUUCUACCAGCCGUCGAAGAACACGACGGCGAUCGCGGGGCAGGUGGCCGGUGUGAGGAUGCCGAAGGGGAGCGCGGUGGCGGCUCAAUUGGCGGCGGAUGCGGCGGCGGGGCGGGUGGAGCUACGGUUGGAGCUGAGCUCGAUCGUGCGUUUCAAGGUGAGGGUGUGGGACACGCGGCAGCAUCAUUUGCACGUGGAGUGCCGUGUGGUGGUGGGGUCAGACGGAAGGAUUUUGCCCGAGUCGAGGGGCAUUAGGUGCCCCAUUUAUUUCUGA